GCAGGAAGCUUUUUCUAAUCUAGAGGAUGGAGCGGCCGCAGUUCUUCACGCCCUCUGAGGUGGCCUCUCACCGCUCCCCCUCUGACCUGUGGGUGUCCUUCCUGGGGGGGGUGUGGGACCUGAGCCCACUGGUGAAACGGUACCACGGAGACGUUCUGCUGCUUCCCAUCAUGGAGGCUGCUGGGAAGGACAUCAGCAGCUGGUUCGACCCCCAAACCAAAGACAUCCGGCGGUUCGUGGACCCCCUGACCUGCUGUGAGCGCUACUACACCCCCAGGGGGCGAUUUGUCCACAUCCCCCCCCGCGGGCCCUGCUCCAACUGGGCCACCGACUUCGGGACUCCGUGGUGGAAGGACAGCCGGUACAAGGUGGGGCUGCUGUCAGCCAAGGUCAGGUGGAUCCGGAUCGUCAACACGCUGACGUCCCAGGAGCAGCUGCUGGAGGUGUGCUCUGAGGAGACUCUGGUGGAGAUCCUGCACCGUUACCGGCGCUACAACAGCCACGCCCACAGCUACACCUGGAAGCACCUGGGAGAGGUUCUGGACAUGACCAAGACACUGAGCCAGAACGGCGUGGUGGACGAAGACCCGGAGCUGGACCGUCUGAGGCUGGACCGGGACAUCUUCACUCCCUCCAUCCUGCUCCACUUCGACGAUGACCUCACAGAGGGAUGAUGUCAUCG